CAAGCUACUAUUACUAAAUAAGAACAAAGCCUGAAAGAAAAGAAAGAAACCAAAGAAAAGAAGUAACAAGAUGAUGCUAAAUUUAAGGUUGAAUAGUAGUUUUAUACUUGGGAUUCUCUUCAUUUUGCUUGCGAUCAGAGGGUCUAUUGCUCAUACCCAACAAGCUCUUGAGAAAAAGCAGAUGGGAAUUGAAAACGGAUUUUCGACUAAUGGAAGGAAUGUGGACCAGGAAUUUUUCGACGUUCCAACUGCUGCUGUGACAUCUAAAAGCAGUAAAAAGCUUGGAGGAAGAAAAAUGUUGCUGGAUGCUGAUAACGAGAAAGAGAUGAAGACGAAACACGAAAAUGCGCAGCUAAAGGACGGAGAAGUAAAGUCUGCUGCAAAGAUUUCAGGAAUAAAUGGCAAAAAUGCUCCUGCCAGAUUACUAGGAAAUCCUCAAGAGGGUAUAGCUGAUCAGAAUAAUAGAAGCAAAUUGAAGCCAGAGAAACUAACCUCUACAAGCUGGAUGAAAAAGCUUAUCAAGGCUGAUGCAGAUGAGGAACUCGCAACUUUGAUGCAGAAGGAUUAUCCAGUGAAUCCUGGAAGGGACAGGCCUCGUCGAAAACCUCCGAUCAACAAUGGACAUAACCCCCUGCGUACAGAUCACACCAGACCAUAGUUGUGUUUUAGCUUAUGUUUAGUUAGCUUUAUUAUAAACUCACAAGUUUU